AUGGGCGACAACGGAGCGAGAGCCGAGCGCCUCAGGCAAGAUGGCAACGAACAUUUCCGCCGUCGAAACUACACCGCCGCCGAGGCAUGCUACUCGCAAGCCCUCGUCAAUGAUCCCAACAUGACCGCCGCCUACGCCAACCGCGCCAUGUGCCGCUUCUUCCUCGCCUCCCACGACGCCUCCAUCACCGACUGCGACGCCGUCCUCGCGCGCGACCCAGACCAUCUCAAGGCGCACUACUACAAGUCCAAGAAUCUCCUCGCCCUCGGCAACGUCGACGAGGCGAGCACGCACGCCCUGCUCGCGUACGAAAUGUGCGUCGCCCAGGGCGCCGACACGUCCCUCCGUAUGACCAAGGAACACCUCUUUGUCUGCCGCAAGGAGCGGUGGGACGUCAAGGAGCGCCGACGCCGCGCCAGCGCUCGCGCGUUCGAGAGGGAAAUGGUGGGCGUGCUGGAGCGGGAGAUUGAGCGGGACGUGCUCGAGGCCGCGGGCGGCAGCGAGGCGGAGCGCGCAGCCGUGCGGGAGGAGGGCAACAAGCGGCUGGCAGAUCUGCGCGACGUGUUUGAGAGGGCGCGGGCCAAGGAUGACGUGAAGCGGGAGGUGCCCGAGUGGCUGAUUGACGAUAUUACCUACAAUGUCAUGCUGGACCCGGUCAUAACGCCGUCCGGGCGGUCGUAUGAGCGUGAGUCGAUUACCAAGUUUAUCGAAAAGGCGGGCACGGACCCGACGACGAGGGAGCCCUUGGCCAAGAGCGAUUUGAAGCCCAACCGCGUGCUCAAGGAGGCGUGCAGCUGGUUUCUGGAUGAGAACGGGUGGGCCUAUGACUGGUGA